CUCAUUGUAAUAAAAAAAAGUACUGGGGCCGAAAAAGGAAAUAAAGGAGAAAAUAUAGAUAAGAGGUAGUGUGGGGGUGGAGAGUUGGUAUGGACUAUGGUUCCUGCAGUAAUAUGGAUGUGUACGGCCAAACCUUAGCAAUUUUCCGUUGAUUGAUAAGAAAGGAAAGGGACAGGGACUUGGACUCGGGGGAAUAUGGCGGACAGUUGCUUGGGACCCCCGCUUUUCUUGCCCUCUCAUUCCCCUUUAAAUACCUCAAAUCAAAUUCAUUAUUCAAUUCCAUUACCAUUCUUUCUUUCCCAUCGCCAUUCUUUUCCUUUUUCUUUCAAUUACAGAAAUCUCACUUUAAUGGCGCCGCCCUUUAGAAAUAACACUCACCACUGUCACUGUUCUUAUGCUUCCACUGCAGCAAGUAGCAAUGCAAGUCAACCAUCUUUGCUUGUUUUUUCCGGUGGAACUGGCUUUAAUGGUGUUGUGGAAGAGCUUAAGAAGUUAACCACCCGUGUAUCUCAUGUACUCCCUGUUUCUGAUGAUGGGGGGAGCACAGCUGAGAUUGUUCGCGUUCUUGGUGGUCCGGCUGUUGGAGACAUUCGGUCAAGAUGCCUGAGAUUGUCUGAUCAAAGUACCACUGAAGCUCUUGCAGUGCGGACAUUGCUGGGUCAUCGGUUACCUCUUGAUGCACAAAAAGCAAAAUUUGAAUGGUAUGAUAUUGUAGAAGGGAAUCAUUCUCUAUGGAACGGUGUCUCAAAACCAUAUAGGGAAACUAUUCGAGCUUUCCUGGCCUACUUCCAGGAUCAGAUCCUCAGGAGGUCGGACGAGUUAUUUUGUUUCAGUAAUGGAAGUAUUGGGAAUUUUUUCUUUGCUGGAGCGCGUAUAUUCUUUCAGUCUUUGGAUGCGGCAAUCUUUCUGUUUUCACGUGUCUCACAAAUUCCCACUGAAAGUCUGGUCCUCCCAGUAAUAUCUACAAAUGAUAGGCUUACCUUGGGGUGUGAAUUAUGGGAUGGAACUAUAAUACGGGGUCAGAAUGAAAUAUCUCAUCCAACCGAUGGAUCUAUGGAGCCCAUAAAUAAGAGUAACUCGUUAGUUCCGACUCUUCCUUCAAGAAUAAAGCGGGUAUUUUACAUGUCCAGUGAAGGCAGCAAUUUAUUGCAUGAGGUUUUACUUGGAAUUGGGGAAAUUGUUUCUUCACGAUCAUGCCCCAAGGUACUUCUCUUGAAUGGUACACAUGAUAGAGAAACUAGUAGCUUUACAGCUUCUUGCUUUGUGACGGCUAUUACAGAUGCUUUGAACCGAACGUAUGGAGAUCCUCAUAACUGUCUUCAGAAUCGUCCAAGUCAAUACAUUAACACAAUCUUUGUCCCCAAAGAUGGUCAGAUUCCUCUGGAUAUUGAUUCACUGGCUGCCCAAGGGAUCUUUGAUGUGGUAACUGUUGACUCAUUACAAGAUUCAACAGCAGGCAUACUUUUUGAUCCAAAAUCAUUGAUACAAUCUCUGGCCAAUCUGUUAAAGGGGAAUGCAUGAGGAAUAUUGUUGCCAGACUUCGACCUUCUUUCAGAGUCAUUGUUGCUUUUCAGAUAGCUGAUAUAUGCAAAGUAUAAUUUUUACCUUUUGCAUCUUUGCUUCUCUAAUUAGGAGGUGAGUUUUAAGGUCCAAUUGCUGUCUCACAUAUUUCCAGUCGCCUGAUGCAUUCAGUUAUGAGUUUUAAUCAGGAUUUCAAUAGGAAAAUUCAUAUAGUCCUGAAAGCAAUGCCUAGGAGAUGGCCUGAUAUGCUACACUGAAGUGAAGAUAUAAUGGGGUAUUGCCUGGACCUAAUUUCUUGGAUGUGCCAAGUGUUGGCAAGAUGAUUCACCCAAUUGUAUAACUAAGGUGUACAACAUUGUAUACGCAUUCAUUCAACAUUUGAUCAGAUCCACGUCUGCACUCUGCAGGUUGCUUGUUGGGUUUUUCAUCUUGUCUCGUAAGUUGAUAUGAUUAAAUCAUUUGCCCUUUGCGGAUGAUUGACAGAAUUUUUUGCCAUCUUGAGUUGAAAUUUGAGGCAUGUUGCUAGUGCAGCAAUUACGCAGGAUUGUAUGUCCUUUCCUACAUUGCUCCUUUUCCAGGCUUAGUAAUUCAACAUAUUAAACGAACGCAUACGUUAAAAUGCCAUGAAAAGACGAUUGAAAAGCUGUGUACCUCUCACUGAUUGAUAAGGUAUCCUGUUUCUGGCUAUUCAUGCCUUUAUUUAACAAGGUAUUUCAUGGAAAAUAACUCAGGAACUUGGGAUUUCCAGUCUCUCAGAGAAAUGUCAUUUUAUGGAAAGGACAAAGCUUUAGGCAUUAGUUGUUUCUCAGAAAGUGAUAACCUGC